AUGUCUGCUGAGAAUCGCUCAAAGGGUGAUAUAAUGUUAAACGUUGCUUCGAGUGGUAUUGCAUCUUUACUUCUUCCUAAUGGAAGAACGGCACACUCAAGGUUCAAAAUACUACUGAAUAUAACUGAAAAUUCUGUAUGUAACAUCAAACCUGGUUCCCCUCAAGCAAUGUUGCUGUUGAAAGCUAAACUUAUAAUUUGGGAUGAGGCUCCAAUGGUUAGUAGAUACUGCUAUGAAGCGCUUGAUAAAUACUUGGGUGAUACCAUGAGGUAUUCUCUAACAUAUAGCAAAGAUUUGCCCUUUGGAGGAAAAGUGGUUGUACUAGGUGGAGACUUUAGACAAAUUCUUCCUGUCAUUCUACGAGGAUCGAGACAAGAUAUCGUUCAUUCAACCAUGAAUUCGUCUUACCUUUGGAAGUUUUGUCAUGUGCUCAAACUAACAAAAAACAUGAGACUCUCUGUAGAGACGAAUGCUUCAAAUCAAGAUGAGACAGAACAAUUUGGUGAGUGGUUAUUGAAAGUUGGUGAUGGUCUAAUAGGUGACAAUAUGGAUGAUGAAUCUGAGAUAUGUCUUCCAGGAGAUAUUGUUAUUCCUUCUUCGGACCAGGCAUUUAAUGAGUUGGUUCAUUUUUCUUAUCCAAAUAUUUUGGAAAACAUGUCCUCAAAGGAUUUUUUCAAAGCAAGACCUAUACUGGCUCCCACACUAGACAUCGUUGAAGAGGUCAACAACCAUCUGAUGGCUAUCAUUCCUGGAGGGGAAAAAUGA